UACAACGUUGCGAGCGAUCGAAAGUUUAAAUUCUUUUUUCGCUCCGAAUCUCUUGCCCUGAGAAAAGAGACCCAAAAAAUUUCAAUCAUGGAAGCCCAUGCAAUCUCUCCUGAUGUUGUCGAUGUGAUUCCUGCUCAGGUUAUAAAGGUGAAAUAUGGAGACCUGGAAGUGAAUAUGGGAAACACAUUGACUCCAGCUCAGGUGAAAGACCCUCCAACAUCAGUUUCAUGGCCUGUUGAAGAAGGUGCAUUGUACACCCUUCUCAUGACUGAUCCUGAUGCACCUUGUCGUGCUGAACCAAAGCUCCGUGAGUGGCAUCACUGGAUUGUUGUGAACAUCCCAGGUUGUGACAUUAGCAAAGGAGAUGUAAAAAUGGAGUAUAUGGGAUCUGCACCACCACAAGGAACAAAGCUGCACCGCUACACGUUUCUAGUGUACAAACAACCUGGAAAAAUCAACUACAUUGAUCAAGCAGUGUGCAACCAGCCUGGCUUUGAGCGUGCUAGAAGAAAUGCUCGUGAGAUGGCUGCCAAGUACAAUCUUGGUAAUCCUGUGGCAGGAAACCUUUUCCAGGCAGAAUAUGUGGAAACCAAAACUCAUGGGUGUUGCAAAUGAGGCUCAGGUUCAGGUCACUAUGUACUGUAACCUGGCAUUGAACAUGGCUGUGAUUGUCAAUGGACUCAUUUUUAAGUUAGACAUCUUUAUAUUCCACUUAUAGAUGUUAACAACUCAAAGUCAGGUUUAUACGGUCAGGGUCUGUGGGUGUGUUUGUUGAAUAUCUUGAGUUAGCUUUUGUGGGUACAUUACUCGAAGAAAAGGCAUGAUGAAGUCAGUUUCCUCCUAUCACAAGCAUAUAUUGUAAACAAGUGCACAAAGUCAAGUCUUGGCAGGGCGAAUAAAAACAUUUU